AAAACCUGUGCCAACAAGGAAUAUCUCUAGCGGUGAAAUUCUUUAGGAUGCAAUAUAAGCAAAGAUUAUUUUCAUAAGACACUUGAAUAAUAGACCGAAAAAUCCCGUUGUCAGAGAGCUGUUUUAGCUGUUCGGAAGGUCAUAGUGUUAGUGAAUCUUAACUUGUUUGUGUACGUACGAAUUGUUGCACCAUUUGUAGUGUGCGUGAUAUCGUGUUGAGAAAAAACGUUUGCGAAUAUAUGGAUGUUUUUUCUUCAUUCCACGAAGAAAAUAAGACAUUUGAAGCACAAUCAUUUCGAUUUCACCUGUCAUUCAUGUAUCCCUGAAUUCCAUAAACAAACACAGUUCUCUCCUACGUACGUCUGGAAAUACCAUCCUUUUUACAUUGGUAUGAAGUGACAAAUUAUUUGUGUGGCUAUGAACGACACGGAUACCUGCUGUUCUGCAGCUACAAUAAUUAAUGAGGAGCAGCAUUAUGAGGAGCAGACCUCUCACGAGCCGCCUGAAAGAAGGCGUAAGUCUGUGGAGAACCUGUUAAUAUCUAGUCACGACGUAAUUGGGAGUAGCAUCAGUUCAUCCUUGACGUUCAACACAAUGACUUUACCCUCUGCCUGUCAUGUUGCUAAUCCCAAUGGCUCCCUGGAACCACGGUCUCCAAGCCCAAGUACGAGUCCACAGUCAAGUCCACGCCCGUCCCCCCGACAACAACACAAGCGGGACCAUUCCAAAGGUGAUAUUAUACUGACUGGUAACAGCAGCACAACUGUGGAGAAACCAGAUACUUUUGAGGACAGUAUAAGCCGUUCAUCAGAUUCAAGUCAAGUGGCAGAUUUGACCAGGAGCAUUAGUCACGACAGCAGCAAAGAGAGGAAAGAAUCUCGUGGGUCUGACAGGUCAAAGAAAAAAUCAUCCUGGUACAAUGUGCUCUACCCCACGUACAAAUCACGCAGUGAAGAUUUUAAACGACUUUUCAAGGAUGUGCCUCAAGAGGAACGUCUUAUAGUUGAUUACUCCUGUGCUUUGCAAAAGGACAUAAUUGUCCAUGGAAGGUUAUAUGUUUCUCCGAAUUACUUGUGCUUUUAUGCAAACAUCUUCAGAUGGGAAACACAGCUGUCCUUGAGAUGGAAAGAUAUCACAGCUAUAACCAAAGAAAAAACUGCUUUGGUUAUCCCUAAUGCAAUACUUGUCUGUACAAAAACAGAGAAACAUUUCCUAACUUCAUUUGGAGCACGAGACAAGACAUAUCUUAUGCUUUUUAGGGUGUGGCAAAAUGCACUGUUAGAUCAGCAACUCUCAAUGCAAGAGAUAUGGCAGUGGGUGCAUACUUGCUAUGGUGAUGAGCUAGGACUGACAAGUGAUGAUGAAGAUUAUAUAGCUCCUGUGUCAGAGGAGGAAAAGCAAUCAUCUGCUGCUGUGAGACUCUCAGUUGACUCAUUUGCUGAAGAAUGUUACGGAGUUAUUGAGCAACCAGUUGACAGUCUUCUUAUGGAAGAGGAUCAACAGGAAAACAUUGACCCAGAAAUAGCACGAAUGAAUCAAAUGAAUACACCUGGAAGUUCUCCUGGCCAGCAUGGCAUUAUGCCAGACAAAUCAGCUAGCACAUUGGCAUCUGCAGAUUUACCAACAGACAUGAGUGAUACUACAGAGUCUGAUGUGGAGAAGACAGCAGGAAAGUUACCUAAGACAACAUGUGGUGUCAGCUUCCAAAUGUACAAAAAGUCUGCUGCAGUCUGCACAUCUCCUCAUGAGGGUCGCCGAUUGGUCAGGAUAAUUCUGCCUAUCCAUGUUGAUCAGCUCUUUACUUUGUUGUUUACUGGCUCGAAGUUUCUUCUGGAUUUCCACACUCAGCGGAAAACCACAGAUAUUGUAUUAGCCCCUUGGCAAGCCGAUUCUGAAACUGGAAUGAAACACAGGACAAUUUCUAUGACUGUGUCUCUGUCACAGUCAAUGGGUCCUAAAACUUCUCAGGUCACUGAAAAUCAGAUGAUGAGGAAAUGCAGUAAGCCAGGUGAACUAUAUUCAAUUGACAUUGAAUCUUCAAAUGCUGGGAUACCCUAUGCAGAUUCCUUCGGUGUCAACAUGCACUACUGCUUAACACGUACUGGUGAAAAUGAAUCUUGUUUUACUGUGUUUGCACAGUUGAAGUACAAGCGAAAUGUGUGGGGCUUUGUGAAAGGUUUUAUUGAAAAGAAUACGUGGGCUGGAUUGGAUGAUUUCUAUGGAUCACUAGCAAAGGCACUUCAGGUAGAAUGUGAUCAUGACAACAUUUCCAAGAAGAAAACAACAAGAAGACGCAGACGAGGUGCUACAGUUGGUCCAAAUCUUCUGGAAGAUUCCACACCUCGUCUUGGACACCCACUAACAAGGCCAUAUCUGAAUGAUGGUCGAAGCAGUGGUCCAGACUUCUUGGCAUGGACGUUAGUAGUGGUUCUUACUGUUCUUGUGUUCCUAAAUGGGCUUUUGUAUUGCAAAUUGUGGAUGUUGGAGGAAUGGACACAACAUACAGAUCACCCUUUCUCUGUAAUGGACCUGCAAGUAAUGAGAAACCCACCAAAAUCUCAUGAAGAGUGGUUGAGGUUACUACAGCAACAGGAGAUUCUUCAUAACGUUGAAAUGCAAAAAUGGCAGAAAGUUCUGCAAGCUGCUGUGCAGUUACUACGUCAGAGUGAAGAAUCAUUGAGUGAGCUGCAAGUCAGUAUUAAUCCAUUAGUCAGCAAGAAAGUAUUAUCUAUACUGAAGGAAUCUGUUGCAGAAGAGGAAACUACAAGCAACAAAAAUGUUGAACAGACCGUGAAAUAUCCACAACAAACAGUAAACAUUGUACCGCGAAAUGCUGGAGAAAAUCAAGAGUUGUAACACAUAUUGUAUGCAGUUUCUGUAAAACUGUAAAGUGCUAUCCUUUUAAUGUAUGGGUUGGCCAGAGGCUGUAAACAUAAGUGUGUGUGUUCUGUAUGUGUUCCCAAAGUGCAUCUGCUCAGUUUGAGCAGUAUGCCUUGUUUUAUAUGGAUUUGUAAAACUGUAGGAAGUGUGGGACUGCAGUAGUAUUUUAUCACUCUUACCCUACAUGAGAGAUUGUGCAGAAAUAUCCUGAAGAAAAUUUUUCUAGUGUACAUGUGGUGCAAAAAAGUGACUUUCAGCUGUUAGACUCAAGUUGCCACUUUUGAAUGUUAGGAGUAUGAAAAAUUUUCCUGUUUUUUACCUGUGAUAGUUAAAUACUAGUUGUCAUCGAUAAUGGACAACUAAAAUAGCAGUUUUGAUAUUUUUAAUAGAAUAAUUUGUUGUUAUAUUGUGGCAGUGCAAAACAGUUAUAACUUACAGUAUUGAAGAGAGGAGGAGUGUGUUGUUUUGGGGGAAGGGGUGUGAGAGAGAGAGAGAGAGAGAGAGAGAGAGAGAGAGAGAGAGAGAGAGAGAGAGAGAGAGGGGGGGGGGGGUGCGUGCGUGCAUCCGUGGGUGGGUGGAUGGGUGGGUGCAUACGCACAUUAGUUGAUCUUAUAUGUAUUGAGGUUAAAACAGUGUAUAGGUGUGAAGUGAAUUUUAUACCUGGCGUUAAACUAGUGGAAAUACUUUAUUUAUGUCGAACUAGAAUAGAUAGUCAAAGUUCAGUAUGCCACGUCAGUAUCAUUGUCUAAUAGUGUACAAGGACAGUCAUAAGUAGUGUUUGUAUUUAUUAUUGUGGUUAUCUUAGCACUGAGUUUAUUUUAUUAAGUCAUACGUUGAAUAAAUUUGUUGAAUAUUUAAAUAA